UAGCGCCUUUCAGUCGUGACUCGCGGAGAUAAAUGAUAGUUUGGAGGUGCGCGCAGUUAAUCACCGCCACGGCUGCCGUACAGCGUGUGCAACCCGCAGAUCAUUAGGUUAAAUGGAGGACAUUCGUGUCCUUCCAGAAUCAAUGCAAUUAUUGUUGGCAACAAGGACAACAAUUGGAGUGGCAGCACUAAUUUUACUAACCUGCUAUUAAUUAUGGUGUCCCCCACGCCCCAGACGGCGUUUAUAACCCGCGGAAGCAAGCGGUGCUGGCUGCUUCUGUUUUAAAACGGGAAAAGUUGGAAGUGGAGUGCCUGGUCGUGUUGGAAAGUGUUAAUCAGUAGGAAAGAGUGUGAUCAGUGGAACUAUUCACUUGAGCGUCACUCUGGUACAGGGGUUAGUGAAGUGGCUGUGGCGCCUGGGGACCGAAGGCUCCGUGCCGCGCCGCGCAGGUACCGCGCACUGAGACAUGUCUGCGUUAGCUCCCCGCAGCUCCCUGCCACGCCAGCCAGCGCACACCAGAGGAGAGAAGCCCUGCCAUGGCACAGCCAUCGCUACCAGGUUUUAGCCGAAGCCUGGCGUGAUCGCAGAUAACUGGGAGCCUCUGUACCAUGUCCUAUCCUCAGUUUGGCUACCCUUACUCCUCUGCACCCCAGUUCCUGAUGAGCACCAACUCCCUGACGACCUGCUGCGAGUCCAGCAGCCGGACGCUGGCUGAGACGGGGGCCGCMGCCUCCGCCCAGACCCCCGUGUACUGCCCGGUGUACGAGAGCCGCCUSCUCGCUACCGCCCGACACGAGCUCAACUCCGCCGCCGCCCUGGGGGUGUACGGCGGACCCUACGCCGGGCCCCAGGGCUAUGGAAACUACGUGACCUACGGUACCGAGGCUCCCGCCUUCUACUCCUUGAACAGUUUGGAAGCGAAGGACGGGAGCGGCUCUGCGCAUGCGRGCAUCGCCCCGGCGGCUGCCUACUACCCCUACGAUCACACCCUCAGCCAGUACCAAUACGACAGGUACGGGACGAUGGACGGCGGGACGCGGAGAAAGAACGCCACCCGAGAGACGACCAGCACGCUGAAGGCCUGGCUGCAGGAGCACCGCAAGAACCCCUACCCCACCAAGGGCGAGAAGAUCAUGCUGGCCAUCAUCACCAAGAUGACCCUCACCCAGGUCUCCACCUGGUUCGCCAACGCCCGCCGGCGGCUCAAGAAGGAGAACAAGAUGACCUGGCCCCCGCGGAACAAGUGCUCUGACGAGAAGCGGCCCUAUGAGGAAGAGGAGGAGGAGGAGGAGGAGGGUUCGCAGGAAGAGGCGAUGAAGAGCGGGAAAGCCGAGGAACCCACGGGCAAGGAGGAGAAGGAGCUGGAGCUCAGCGACCUGGAGGACUUGGACGCCGCCGAGUCGGAGAGCUCGGAGUGCGAGCUGAGGCGGCCCUUCCCGCACCCGCUCCCGCAUCCGCACCCGCUCUCGCUCCCGGGAGGCAGCCACCCGCCGCGGGCCGCCGAGCCCACAGCCAAGAUGCCGCCGCCGGCCGCCGCCGSGGAGGAGGAGGAGGAAGAGGCGGCGGCGGCAGAGCGGGCGCGGAGCUGCCUCAAGACUUCGGCGGAGGAGUGCGGCCCCGACCCGCUGGGCGCUCGGCAGCGCGGCUGCGAGUCUAAGAUGUGCUUCCAGCAGGGGCAGCAGCUGCUGGAGACGAAGCCCAGGAUUUGGUCCCUGGCGCACACCGCCACCUCCCUCAACCAGGCCGAGUACCCCUCCUGCAUGCUGAAACGGCCGGGGGGCUCGGCCGCCGCCGCCGCUCCCGCCCCGGUCAGCGUCAUCGACAGGCACCAGGAUUCGCCGGUCACCAACCUCAGGAACUGGGUGGAUGGGGUGUUUCACGACCCCCUGUUCAGGCACAGUACUUUAAACCAAGCCCUGAGCAACACGACAGUUUCCUGGGCUACCACCAAAGGAGCCAUUCUGGAAACGGGCGCCUUGGGACGCGCGGUGGGGAACGGCGCCAACRUGCUCAAGGGGCAGCUCUCAAACCUGGCCCACCAUGACUCAAACAAAGAGUUUCUGGCGUUUCCCAAAUCAGGAAGCAAAAUGUUUUGUUCCUAACGGGCCCGCUGAGGGGCAAAGGACUUUCUAACGCUUGAAGAGUCAGCUACACUGAAAAGAGACUUGCAAGAGUUUAAAUUGAAAUAUAAAACUUUUUCAUCUUCUUUUUUUUUUUUUUAACAAACAACGUAAACGAGGAUUUAAAGUUCAGUUUGCUCAGUUCAACAGAAAGACUAUGCUCAUAGCUGUUCUGAACAUUUUCUCCUGGCUGCGACUUUAAGGGAUCAAUGUCGUGAAAGUUAUUUAAUUCCAUGUCCMAAAAGCACGUACUAUAGCGUAGACCUACUUAAAAAGUUUACAUCCAAAAGUUUACAAACGGGAAAUUUAAUUCAGAUUUAAUUUAAGGCAUGCCGACAUUAGUUAUAAAGACUUUCCCAGAGUUUUUCCUCCUGAUUUCCUUGUUAGCAUAUAAUUCACAAACAGCACUUCUACUAAGUUUACACCUACUGCACAAAUUUAUCUUGACAAAAAAAAAUAUGUUAAAAGGUAUGCUCACUCCAAUAAAUUGUCUGUUUCAGAGGUAACACAAGUGGUGGCGUUUUGCAUUGAGCAGCAAACAACUUUUAUGCUUCCAAUUCCCCCUCGGAGCCGGUCCCGGUAAUUUCAAGGACUGUCAACAGGCUGCCGGGAGAGGGGAACAGAGGCUCAGCGCAGCGCUGCCGCGGGACUGAGGACGGACCCACGGGAGGCACGCUGCCCGCAGGAGGAAUCCUGGGCUGUGCUCUGAGCCGGCCGUGCCUCCGCGGGGCAGCGCCGGGCCCCGGGCCGACRGUGGGGGGCCCGGCUGCCCCCCGAGGCCCGGCGGGGCGGGAGCAUCCCCUCUCCCCCUCCCCUCCUUCCCGAGCUGCG